AUGGCGCUGCAACCAAUCAACCCCGUGGAGGAUCCGCGCAUUGACCACAAAUUCCAUCGCCUGCGAGAUGGAAUAACUUAUCACUAUCUUUACGGCGAGCCACAGGGCGGCAGGUCCAAAGCCACUGUCUUCUUGAUUCACGGCUGGCCGGAUUGCUCGGCAGGAUGGCGCUUUCAAAUCCCUCUGCUGCUGGAUAUGGGCUUUCGUGUUGUGGCUCCGGAUCUGAUGGGCUUUGGGGCCACGGAUGCACCAGAUGAUAUUUCUCUCUAUAGUCUAAAGCGUGCUUCAGACGACAUUGCGGAACUUGCCAAAGUAGUGGGUGCGGAGCAAAUCCUGCUUGGAGGCCAUGACUGGGGAGGCUUCGUGGUGUGGCGGGCUGCUCAAUGGCAUCCCGAACUAGUCACUCACGUCUUCUCCAUCUGCACUCCGUAUUCACCCCCUCAUAAGGACUACGUUUCCACCGAGGAUCUUGCCAAGGGCCCGUUGCCCCAAUUCGCCUACCAGCUUCAUCUCGCUUCUGGGGAUGUGGGGAAGAGUGUCAAUGACGAGCAGUCGAUUCGCCAACUCCUCAAAGCGAUAUACGGGGGCAAAGGCCCCAACGGGGAAUACGGUUUCGAUUCGCGGAAGGGCGUUCUUGUCGAGAAUCUCCCUGCUAUUGGUGAGAGUAAGCUCUUGAACGGAAAGAUUCUCGACUACUAUGUGAAGGAGUAUUGUCGCCACGGCAUCGAAAGUACCCUAAACUGGUACCGCACCAGGAGGAUCAAUUACGAAGAUGAUCUUGCUCUGCUUGACAAGAAGACAAUCUCGAUCCCAACCCUCUUCGUUCAGGCUACGCAUGACUCGGUUCUCAAGCCUGAGAUGUCUAAGAAUAUGGACGUCUUUUUGCCGGGCCUGACUAGGGCAGAAGUCGUCGCGACGCACUGGGCUUUGAUGCAGAAGCCCGCGGAAGUCAACUCCAUCAUCGCGAAAUGGCUGGAAGGUCAAGGCUUCGGGACCAAGAGCAGUUUGUAA